AUGAAUAACGCUACACAUUUUGAACAUCCGAGUGAUCUGGUGUCAUUUCCAAACAGCACCUAUCGUGGAUCCAAGGUGUGUUUAUAGCUGCAAUGAUUAGGAUAACAGAGGUCUUCUUUCGACCAAUCCUCAUGUCUUUGUGACAAUUCAUUUUUUUACUGGUUUAUUCACAUCUUUUUAAUUUUGACUGUAAAUAUAUAAAAACAAUAUAUGUGAACUGCGGUUAAAGAAAAAAAUUUGAAAGCGAUCUUCGCUUUAAUGAACACUACUUAAACUGUAGUGAAAAUCAGGCGUGAAAAAAAUUCAGGCUUUUACGGAAUUUGAACCCAUGACCUUCGCGAUAUCGGUACAGCGCUCUACCAACUGAGCUCACAAGCCAACUGGGAGCUGGUCCGGAGUUCAUAUAUAUGAUUUUCAUAUAUUUACAGUCAUUUAUUAUUCCCCUCACGGGUUUAUUUGAAACCAACAUAAUGACCAGCUCCCAGUUGGCAUACACGGCUGUUAGGUGAAGUGCUUUCAAUUAACAUUGUUUGCAAUUAACGCGAUUGGUUCUGAGACGUAGCUUACAAAAUAACGCUUAUCGUUAUCUCACCGAAGUUUCGAUAUUUGCCGAACGUCAAAGAUACAAUUAUAAGCAUGAGUCAAUUUGAACCUUGAUUGAAUUCGAUUGCCCUUUGAAUAUGGAGAGUAUGGUAUUAGUAAACGCAGUUUGAGCGCCGGAUGAAAAAAACACAAGUUUUGGGCUGCUGUAAUUUUAAUUGCUAAUCUACGAAUUUAUUUCAAUUAUUUGCCUUUCCUUCAUUAGCUUUUAAUCACUUGUGACCGAUUUAUUCACAAAAUACAUGUACAUUUUAUUUAUUUUAUUGUAAAAAAAAGCAUGCAAUAUUAAAGUUUCCUGGAAGUAUUGCCAACACUUGAUGAUCAUUUUAAACCGCUCUAGUUGUUUCAUUUAUCCACCCUCAGAAUGGCUAUGUCAAUGUACCUCCUUACCCUCCCUUCCCGCCUUGUAAUUGCGUAGAUAAGCCUUGACUUGUCCUUUUUUACUUCUUUGUAAAGAACGCUUGCAUAAAGAAGCCAUGCCCGAGUAAUGCGAUCUGCCAGGCCGGUUUUUCCAGUGAGGGGUAUAGAUGUGUCUGCGUACCGGGUUACACGGGUGAAGAUUGCACAGAAGGUGAGGCAGAUAUACGUGUUCAAUAUCUAAGUAUUAGCAGUCACUUAACGAUAAGGAAAGUCGGUGACCGUUGUUUUGAAUAAAUUCUUUAGUACUCUCCUCGUGCCCUUUUUUUUUAUUUUUUCUUUGAGGAUGAAGAAAGAGCAGCGGUGAACUAUGAGAGAAAACUAGGGAAGGAAGUAUUGGGGGAAGUAGGAGAGGAGGCGGGGGGGAGGGGGGUAGGUAACGAUAGGUCGAAAGGCGUUUAUCUAGAGGAGGAUAUCCUCAUUGCCGCUUCUAGCAAUGGAGAACGCGAUGAACCCUAUCUGCAAUGCAACCCUGUCAGUAGGUCGAUGUGUUUACCGUUCCUGACGGUGCGACUUCUUUCAUUAAGCUCAAAAUAAAAAGUGAUUCUUAGUUGCUAAGAGGACGUUAAAGUUGGUGAUUUCACGAUUUUGUGGCAUGUAUGAGGUGCCUAAGAAAGGUACAAAUUUUUAUAACGCACGUGCUGCACAGUUGCUUUGCUCAUUAGAUCUCUUGUUUCGCUACGUUUUCUUUACUAUCAUCGUCAAGGUUUUCUUUAAGUCCUUAAUAAAUUAAAGAUAUGCAGAUCCUAACUCAUUGUGUCUGUGCUUUACUUAGAAGUCUGUGGUCUCGAAAUCUCUGUAAUUGAAUUUCUACAUGAUCCUUAAGACGUUGAUGAGUGUAACCAAAUAAGAAGUACAUUAUCCAUCAGUCAUUCUACAUGCAGGCCGCGCCUCAUUCCUGCUGCAACACAAGCAGGGCUAUGAGCCCUAUUAUUCAGCUUUUACAUGCUAGUGCAUACGGCACUUGAUUUAUGGUUUAAAUGACUGUUAGAAAUAAAGGAAAAACGUUCAGAAGCUCAUGUAAUCUUUUGAUGUCACCCAUUCCUCCAGACCUCUUAGAAAUGUCUUUGUGUUACUUUCAGAUUUCGACGAGUGUAAUUUGGUGGAUAAUAAUUGCUUUAAGGGUGGUGCCAAUUGUACAAACACUGUAGGGUCAUUCAAAUGCACCUGCCAGACUCGAUAUUUCUGAAAUGGCAUGAAAUGCGAAGAUUUGUAUACUGUAAUAUUGUUUAGGCUUAUGUGAACAUCGUUUCAAGGAGUCUUUCUUACUAUUUUUCAGUCUGUUUCUCCCUCUCCCUCUCUCUCUUCCUUUUUUUCCCUUUUUCUCUCCCUCUCCUCUUACUCCAAUGCUCUCUCUCUGUCAUAUUCCCUAUCAUUAGACUGUCUGUGUGUCUGUCUUCUGUCUGUCUGAUUAUCUGCACGUUCAUUCUGUUUGUCUGUUUGUUUUCCAACUGCUUGUAAUUCUUUAUUAACAUUAAAACGUAAAAAUCGGAAUUCAGUUUCAUUUUCGUUCUGUGAUGAGAACAGCAACGGAAAUAACUGACGAGGACAUGUUUCCCGACAAAAAGAUUAAUUUUCUGCAAUCUGAACCUUAAUUUGAUCGGCGAUAUUUGUUACUCCUGAGCUGCUUCUAGCACUAAUAUUAGCAAAAACUAAAAAUAUUCUUGUGCGCCAUUCGGAAAGAAGCGAAAAUCACAGGGUAUGAAAUUUGCCGGUAAUAGGCGCUCUUCGAACAGCGUACUUUCCCUUCUUGGUAAGGAAAUGUAAUUGGAAAGUUGGUGGAAAUAAUUUCCUAUUAUUUGCCUGCUGUUUUCUAAAAAGGUGCAUGGUAUACCUGUAAAGCAUUAAGAAUCUUGAACUUCAAUAAAUUCUUGAAAGUUCUAAAUUGUUUCUGACGGUGCGACAUCUUGAGUUCAAAGUAAAACGUGAUUACAUUGCUGCGGAGGUAUCCUCGCUAGGAGGACGUGAAAGUUAGUUAUUUCACGUUUUUUUUUCUUGUAUGGAACAGCUAAGAAAAGUACAAGUUUUAUAACGCACUUGCUACAUUAUUUUUUUUCUCGUUAGCUCUUUUGUUUCGCUACGUCUACGGUCUACGUUCUGAAAAUCCCCUAGUAAAAAUAAAAUAUGCGGACCCUUACUCUUUGUAAGAUAUGAAUUAUUAGUUGUCUGUGCAUGGUAGAAAAUCGAAACCUUGGUAAUUGAAUUACUUCAAAAUUUUUUCUUUAAGACGUUGAUGAGUGCAGUCUGGGAGAACGCAAAUGUGAUUCAAAUGCUGAGUGUAGAAAUAACAUUGGAUCCUACAGCUGCAAAUGUAAAGAGGGAUUUUCAGGAGAUGGCCAAAGGUGCUCAGGUGGGCGUUGACUAUUAUCCACCAGUAAUUCUACUCAAAAGCCCCACCGUAGUCCUGUCGUAACGCAAAAAAAGGUCUAUAUAUGAGUCCUUUUCUUGAACUUCUGCAUGCUUGUUCAUGUGCCAUUCAUUUUAUAGUUUGAAUGACGGGUAGAGCCUAAAUUAUAAACAGCAACGAAAUUAGAUAUUUGAAAAUAAAAAAUGUUUAGAAGCUCAUGUAAUCUUUUAGUGUUAUCCAUUCCACCAGAUCUCUUAUCGAUGUCUUGCUGUUAUUUUCAGAUAUUGACGAGUGUGCUUUGGUUAAUAAUAAUUGUACCAAGACUGGCGCCGAUUGCACAAACACUUUGGGGUCAUUCAACUGCACCUGUCAAACUCAAUAUUUCUGGAAUGGAAUUGAAUGUAAAGGUUUGUUUUCUGUACCUCUAUUUGAUACAUUUUUUUAUACCAAUUAGAAGUAGCCGUCUUUCUGGUUGUCUGUCUGGUUGUCUGAGCCUUCAUUUUUUCGUCUUUUGUGUGUCCAUAUGUUCGUCACUCUGCAUUUGCUUUGAAACGUUGGAAUAGGCCACUUCCGAGUUCUCGGACAUCAGUGAUCUGGUGCCGAAAUUACGGCGUGAGAACGAGGCUAAGAGCGAAGUCGCCCUCAUCGGUAUACAGAAUAAAGAGCCCUACUAGUGAGCGAAAAUUUCCCGAAAUUCGGUGUUGCAGAAAAUUAUUUGUGGGAGAGGAUUUAGCUUAGUGAUAGUGAUGGCGGCAAAGUAAGAAAAAAAAGGCCGAACUGUUCAAUUUAAGCAAAAAAAAAACAAAUCAAACAAGCCGCUUCUUCCGAACACCUCGCAAUAAACGAGAGACACUUUAAAAUGCACAACUUACUUCCACUUUUGAUAAUUUUUCAGGCCAACUUUAUUUGACCUGACUGAUGAUUUCCCCGAAUUGCCCUCGUUUAAACGCCCUAAUCUAUAUAUGGGUCAUCGCUAAAAUUCAUUUUCGAUUCCGGUGUGCCUUUAAUACAAGGGUGGCGGGAUUCUAGCUCGUUGUAAUAAAUAAUUUAGCGGACUGGCACUCGCCCUAUAGCGAGUCUAUUUUUUGAAGAAAGAAGGUAAUUGCAAAGUCCAUGCCGAGCUGGUUCAAAAAUUUCCGUAUGUUUUUACACAACAUCGUCGCUGUUAUGCGUCAAGUGCCUGUUUAUAUCCUGACGAUGAAUAAUGAUGCAAUCAAAGUCAAAUUAAAAUCGUGUGAUUAUCAUUUCCUUUUUUAAUUGCAAUUAACUUUCCAGCCGACGGUUGUUAUAACUACUCAAUUCUGAACGACAGUGACAGAAAGAAUACUUACAUUACACCCAUCAAGGGUGAAGUUUUGUGUGACAACUUCCUACCUGAUGGGUGGUAUCGUUUUGUGGGAGCUGCAGGGACAAAAAUGCCAACAACGCGUGUGCCAGCAUUCAGAUGUGGUACAGUCUGGUCAGGUUGGUUGGAUGGUGCUCAUCCUACGGUGGAAGAUAGUGAAGUUCGCAUGUAUGUCUGCGGUAGCGAUCGUUCCGCCGGUUGCAAAUAUAGAGUACAAAUUUCAGUAAAAAAUUGUGGAUCCUACUUCAUCUACAAACUGUUUAAAGCACCAAGUUGUUAUAUGCGCUACUGUGGGACUGAUUAA